CUGGCCCCCCCUGCAAAAGUGGGGUGCGGAGGGGGGAGGGGUGAGAACCCACGGAGGGGAGGAACGAAACUCCGAUGAAGUCAGAGCCCCUUACCCGCCGCCGCGGCCAGCCCCCCCAACAUGGACUGUCUGUGUAUAGUGACAACCAAGAAAUACCGCUACCAAGAUGAAGACACGCCCCCUCUGGAGCACAGCCCGGCCCACCUCCCCAACCAGGCCAACUCUCCUCCCGUGAUUGUCAACACCGACACAUUGGAAGCCCCGGGAUAUGAGUUGCAGGUGAACGGGACGGAGGGGGAAAUGGAAUACGAGGAAAUCACAUUGGAAAGGGGCAACUCAGGUCUGGGCUUCAGCAUCGCAGGCGGCACUGACAACCCACAUAUUGGGGACGACCCGUCCAUCUUCAUCACCAAGAUCAUUCCUGGUGGCGCCGCGGCCCAGGACGGCCGCCUCAGGGUCAACGACAGCAUCUUGUUUGUGAAUGAAGUGGAUGUGCGGGAGGUGACCCACUCUGCGGCGGUCGAGGCCCUCAAGGAGGCGGGCUCCAUCGUCCGGCUCUACGUCAUGCGUCGGAAGCCCCCGGCGGAGAAGCUCAUGGAGAUCAAACUCAUCAAGGGCCCUAAAGGUCUUGGCUUCAGCAUCGCAGGGGGUGUGGGGAACCAGCACAUUCCCGGAGACAACAGCAUCUAUGUGACGAAGAUCAUCGAAGGGGGUGCUGCCCACAAGGAUGGGAGACUACAGAUUGGGGACAAGAUUCUAGCGGUCAACAGCGUGGGGCUGGAGGACGUCAUGCAUGAGGACGCGGUGGCAGCCCUGAAGAACACAUAUGACGUCGUGUACCUGAAGGUGGCCAAGCCUAGCAAUGCCUACCUGAGUGACAGCUACGCUCCCCCAGACAUCACAACCUCGUAUUCCCAGCACCUGGACAACGAGAUUAGCCACAGCAGCUACCUGGGUACCGACUACCCCACAGCCAUGACCCCCACCUCCCCUCGGCGUUACUCCCCGGUGGCCAAGGACCUGCUGGGGGAGGAAGACAUUCCCCGGGAACCGAGGCGGAUAGUGAUCCACCGGGGCUCCACGGGCCUGGGGUUCAACAUUGUGGGCGGCGAGGACGGUGAGGGCAUCUUCAUCUCCUUUAUCCUGGCCGGCGGCCCUGCGGACCUCAGCGGGGAGCUGCGGAAGGGGGACCAGAUCCUCUCGGUGAACGGUGUUGACCUCCGCAGUGCCAGCCAUGAGCAGGCUGCCAUUGCCUUGAAGAACGCGGGCCAGACGGUCACCAUCAUUGCUCAGUACAAACCGGAAGGUACCAGGCCCGAAGCGCCCCAUGUCGAGAGCUCAGAGGGUCCUCAGAGCCCGGUCUCCUCGGCUGAGUACAGCCGAUUCGAGGCCAAGAUCCACGACCUCCGGGAACAACUCAUGAACAGUAGCCUGGGCUCAGGGACCGCCUCUCUGCGGAGCAACCCCAAAAGGGGUUUCUACAUCAGGGCCCUGUUUGAUUACGACAAGACCAAGGACUGUGGCUUCCUGAGCCAGGCCCUGAGCUUCCGUUUCGGGGACGUGCUGCACGUGCUGGACGCCAGCGAUGAGGAGUGGUGGCAGGCGCGGCGGGUCCACCCCGACAGCGAGGCCGACGACAUCGGCUUCAUCCCCAGCAAACGGCGGGUCGAACGACGGGAGUGGUCAAGGUUAAAGGCCAAGGAUUGGGGCUCCAGCUCUGGAUCACAGGGUCGAGAAGACUCAGUUCUGAGCUACGAGACGGUGACGCAGAUGGAAGUGCACUAUGCUCGCCCCAUCAUCAUCCUUGGGCCCACCAAGGACCGAGCCAAUGAUGACCUUCUGUCCGAGUUCCCCGACAAGUUCGGAUCCUGUGUCCCCCAUACGACGCGGCCCAAGCGGGAGUACGAGAUAGAUGGCCGGGAUUACCACUUCGUGUCCUCCCGGGAGAAAAUGGAGAAGGACAUUCAGGCGCACAAGUUCAUCGAGGCCGGCCAGUACAACAGCCACCUGUACGGGACGAGCGUGCAGUCCGUGCGGGAGGUGGCCGAGCAGGGAAAGCACUGCAUCCUCGACGUCUCGGCCAAUGCCGUGCGGCGGCUGCAGGCGGCCCACCUGCACCCCAUCGCCAUCUUCAUCCGCCCCCGCUCCCUGGAGAAUGUGCUAGAGAUUAAUAAGCGGAUCACAGAGGAACAAGCUCGCAAAGCCUUCGACAGAGCCACCAAACUGGAGCAGGAAUUCACGGAGUGCUUCUCAGCCAUCGUGGAGGGCGACAGCUUCGAGGAGAUCUACCACAAGGUGAAGCGCGUCAUUGAGGACCUCUCAGGCCCCUACAUCUGGGUCCCGGCCCGAGAGAGACUCUGACUCCUGCCUUGGGGUGGCCUGGACCCGCCCCGUCCCCGCCCCCGGGCCCUCGGUCUGGACUGAACUGCCCAAGCCCUGCGCACCCCCCGCCUCCCUCCCGUCCCUUCUUAUUUAUUUCCUUUCUGACCGGAUCCAGCCCUGGAGGGGGGACACUCCCCUGCAUGUACCCCUGUACCCCAGGAACCUGGGGUCUGGGGAGGGGCCGGGCUCCUGGUCCCGAGCCCGUGCUCCGUAGGACCCUAGCCCCUGCCCGCCCCCAACGCACACACACACCCACCGGGGGCCGCCUGCCCUCCCCCCUCUCCUCCCACACACAUUCCAGAAGUCAGGGCCCCUCGAGGAGCACCCCGCUGCAGGGACGCAGGGCCACAGGCCUCCUCUCUCUCCUGAGGCCAGGUCUGGGGUCACCCCUGCCCCCACAUAACUCCCCAUGUCCCUUGGUUUCGCAUUUAGUUUCUCCCAUUUUUUUUUCUUCUCAAAGGUGGUUUUUUGGGGGGGAUAGGUGGGGGGAUUCUGCUGUGGGCCCCCUGCCUUCCACAUGCCCCCCACCUUUUUUUCUUUGCCGGUUUGCAUGAGUGGAAGGUCUAACUGUGGCUUUUUUUUUUUUCCUGGAAUUUUUUUU